CGAGCGUCCAGCGGAGCCGGACAGCGCGUUCCUCGCUGCGGAAUGAUGCCAGGUGACGGCGACAUGACCUCCAUCGUCCAGAGAAUAGCUCGACAGGCUCUCCUUACCUACAGGAACCCGCCCCGGGUCGGUGAAGAGGUCGGUAAAACCUUCCUGGAGAACCACAGCAAACUGAAGAGCCUGAUGACGGAAGUGCGAGCGGCGGACCUGAAGCUCGCCCCGCGCAGAGCCGACGACAGCUCCCCCGGCGUGCCCCCUCUGCUCCCGUACCACCACGGCGCGCCCCCGGUCACAUACAUGCACAUCUGUGAGACGGACCAUUUCAGCAUGGGGGUGUUUCUUCUGAAAAGCGGCGCCUCCAUCCCUCUGCACGACCACCCGGGGAUGCACGGCAUGCUCAAAGUCAUGUACGGCAAGGUCAGGAUCAGCUGCUUCGACAGGCUGGAGCGGCCGGCCGGCAGCCCGCAGGUGGCGCCUCCGCUCCCCCAGGCCCAGAUGGACGCUCUGCGGCGCUCCGUGCUCCGCUCCACCGGGGAGUACACCGAGGAGAGCGGCCCGUGUGUCCUCUCCCCUGACCGGGACAACCUCCACCAGAUCGACGCCGUGGACGGCCCGACGGCGUUCAUGGACAUCCUGGCCCCCCCGUACGACCCGGACGACGGCAGAGACUGUCACUAUUACAAGGUUCUGACAGAAGCCGAGGUCAAAAACACAGAGCAGAAGGAGGAGGUCUGGCUCAUGGAGAUCUCACAGCCUCCGGAUUUCUGGUGCGGAGGGGAGCCGUACCCAGGCCCGGAGGUCUGCUUCUGAUCCAUCUGACCUUCUCUUGGUCCUGGUCUGGUUUAUGCGCCCUGCAGCAGAACAAGGCCGGGGCCUCUGGACUCGGAUGGACAAACUGGGCUAAAUGAAGGGUCAUUCUUUAAUCAGUAAUCCAUGUGUCGGUAUCAUGUGAAGCCACUACAGGCUAGAAACAAGUUAGAGGGUCAACUUGUGGGCUUUAAUUCUGACCCAGAAGGUGCCCGUGCUGAGCUGGAGACCACCUGCUCCUUUAGGGACAGGAUUCAUGAACAUUAGGUGGCUCAGUGUUCGGCACAGCGCUGCCCUGCAACGACGAAGAGCUGCAGCUUUUCAAAGGUGAAACAUUAGAAGUCAAGUUCCCAUUUCAUUAGAACAGCUGGAGCUCCUGGCGGUCCUGAACCACGUCCUGUGGGCACUGUGGUCCCUCUCUGGAUUACAGCCAGGGAAGCACAUCAUCUUCCUUUGAAUGCACAUACAGGUUCUCUGUUUUCUGACAAAUAUCAGAUUACUUUUCGCCCUCAAAAAAGGUUUGAAUCACAUUGUCUCCUGAGCGAUGUGGGAGCUUUAAGUCUCUGAGUUUAGAAUCAGGACUUCAGUGUUGAUGAUUGACAGCUGCAACCAGGAAGUGGGAGCUCUCUGGGGGAGGUCACAUGUCGCUCUGCCACUGAAGGCCUCGUUUAUCUCCUGAAAGCUUUCGCCAUCGGCACUUCAGGGUUUAUCUGAUGGAUUUAGUGUCGUGAACGGGCAGAGCUCUGUAAACCAGAACCGGAGCAAAUCAUCCAUCAGCUGAAAGGGUUAAAAAGUGAGAAGUAUUAAAAGUGGAGUUACAGAUGACGUAACAGUGGGCUAAAAUGAGGUAUUUUGGAGGAGAGAUGCCGAGAAAUGACAAACUGAUGAUGUGCAGGGUGCUAAUGCUGCGUUCAGGAAAGGUCAGAAAGUCAGGAUUUUCUCCUUCCCAUUCUGGUCAAAGUCAAGUUUCAAUUCCAAAAUGGAAAUUUGGGCCAGAUUUCAGACCCUUCAUGUUUCAAACUAAGUAUAAUGCAGCCAUACUUUCAAUAACCUUUAAAUACACUACACUUUAGCUUUCCAUAUUGCAUGACCUUCAGUCUAAAUCAAGUCCUCGCUGGCGUCUGUUUAAAAUGUGCAGUCACACUAACGACAUGUCGCAUGACGGAUGCCGUGCAUGCAUUUCUCCCCGCUGCAGCACUGAAACGUACCCGUGACGUGACGAUCUUCUCGUUGAGAAUUCCAGACUUCUGCCUGCAUCUUGAAUGCAGCAUUAAAAACACUGAGCUCGUGCUGCCCGGGACCACGGAGGGACCGCGUCCACGUCUUUUAACUGUCUUCCUGCUUCAGGCUUUGUGGAUGAAGAACUGUGUGAAUCUCCAGGUCUCUUUUGGAGACCUGCUCAUGUGUAACUGCAGAUCUUUUCUCUCGCUGUGUCUCGGACUCUUCUGUUUUUCUGAGUUUGAUCCUCAGGGCUGUUUGUGACCUGUAUCACUGACUGACUGUUUGAAAGACGUGCACUAAAUUAAGCUUCUUAGCACAAAUUCUGACCAUCUUUACCACAUAAGGAAAGAGGGGUUUUCACUGUUUGGUUACAAAACGAGGAUCAUAAAAAGAUUUGUGUCACAGUUCGAGGUUGGGAUUAAUCAGCAGACUGAAGCUCCUUACAAUCAGCACUUAACAUAAAAACGAUGCUUAUUCUGAAACCAGUGGUGGCAUGAAAGUAAAGCACUUAUAUUAAAAUCUGCUCGUGAAGUUUUGGAGAAUAAGACUGACGUGCUGUGUGUUGUGUCGCUGAGGGAACUUCUGCAGGUCUGAUCAUUAACCGGUGAACAGGAAGCUGUUCAGAGUCCAGACUGUGAUCCUCCGGUCGGUGUUGAGUGAACAGUAACUGUGCUGAUGUGUUUUGCCUGUAAUGAAGAUUUUCUGUUCAUAUAAAAUGUGCUGUUUAUUUUG